ACGAUGCAUACCCAUUUAGCACGUGGUCGAAAAUCAACUCUAUCAAGUUAAGUAUGUUGGCAUCUAAGACAUUUGUGAAGAAGACUAAAAAGGGAGCUGUUGUGAAGGUUGUUCGGGAGCACUACCUCAGAGAUGAUGUGUGGUGUAGUGUGAAGGGAUGUACAGCCUGCAAGCAAGGAGAAGGAGCUGUUUUAGAAGCUCAUCCUCUGCUAGUCUCUGAUCUUUGCCCCGACAGUCAUUUCCUACUGCCAGACACAAAUGUUGUGCUUCAUCAGAUAGACUUUUUUGAGGAUGCAGCUAUCAAGAAUGUUAUUCUGCUUCAAAUUGUCUUGCAAGAGGUGAAAAACCAGAACUUGAGUGCCUACAAACGAAUCAGAGAUCUUAUUAGCAAUACUUCCAAGCGUUUCUAUGUUUUUGCAAACGAGCAUCACAACGAAACAUUCACGAAACGAGACGGUAGUGAAAGUUCUAACGAUCGAAAUGACAGAGCUAUUCGAGUAUCCACCAAUUGGUACAAUGAACACUUGAAAAAGAAUCUCAAAAGCCCACCAAAAGUCGUGCUUCUGACAAACGAUAGAGAAAAUUUAGAGAAAGCCAAAUCGGAAGGUCUUGAAGUGUACACUAUCCACGACUAUGCUAACUCGCUGACUGAACAUCCCUCACUCGUCGAUCGACUUGCAACAAGCACGUUCGAAAACGGUAUGAAAUCAAAAGAGAAAUUGAUAUUUCCCGAACACCUGCCAUUAUCCGCAAUCCAAACGGGACUGAAAAGUGGCAAGUAUCAUCAGGGAGUGUUCCACGGCUCUAGGGAAAACUAUCUGGAGGGUUCAGUUGGUGUUGCAUCCAUGGAGAAGUUUGUAUUGAUUCAAGGUCUUGAAAAUCUCAAUAGAUCUGUAGACGAAGAUUUAGUGGCAAUUGAAAUAUUCCCUAAAGAGAAAUGGUCCUCCCCUUCAGGCUAUGUGAUGAAAGAUGCUGACAGUGGUCAACAAUCAAAAGAAAACGAGGAAAUGGACAUUGAUUUGCCGAGUUCUAGAGCCAAGAUGGACGAAACGCUUCUUCAGCCAACUGGGAGAGUGGUGGGUGUCAUAAAACGAAACUGGCGCCAGUAUUGUGGCACUAUCCUGCCCCUCACCCACUCUUCAAUGAGCAGCACUCGAAUGCAUACGUUCAUCCCUGCCGAUCGUCGAAUACCGAGAGUUCGUCUCGAGACUAGACAAGCUCAGAAUCUCAUCGGAAAAAGAAUUAUUGUGAGUAUCGAUUCGUGGCCUCGUACCUCCAGGUUCCCCCGUGGCCAUUAUGUGAGGGAGCUUGGUGAAAUUGGAGACAAAGAUACGGAGAAUGAAGUAUUACUGAUUGAGCACGAUGUCCCCCACUUAUCCUUCUCACAAACUGUGCUCGCUGAUUUACCACAGCUGCCCUGGUCCAUCUCGACCAAAGAUCUCGAAGUUCGUGAGGAUUUAAGGCACCUAGACAUCUGUAGUGUGGACCCACCUGGUUGUACUGAUAUAGAUGAUGCCCUUCACUGUAUGGAACUUGACAAUGGAAAUUUUGAAGUGGGUGUGCAUAUUGCUGACGUUUCACAUUUUAUUCGACCCGGAACGGCUUUGGACAAAGAGGCAGAAAAUCGUGGAACAACUGUCUACCUUACGGAUAAACGUAUCGAUAUGGUACCCGAUCUACUCAGUUCUAACCUUUGCUCAUUACGGGGUGGUGAAGAAAGGUUUGCAUUCUCAACGAUAUGGGAGUUGACAUCGGAUGCAAAGAUUGUUUCAAAUAAGUUCACCAAGAGUGUGAUUCGAUCGAGAGCUGCUUUGACGUACUCCGAAGCUCAGAUGCGUAUUGAUGACACGCGCUUAGUAGACCCCGUCACAGAAAGUCUUCGUCGGCUGAACGCUCUGGCCAAGAUAUUGAAACAAGAACGCUUAGAGGCUGGAGCUCUCACGCUAGCAUCUCCUGAAAUCCGAUUUGAAGUAGACAGUGAAACUCACGACCCGAUCGAUCUUCAGACUAAAGAAUUGAGAGAUACAAAUUCGCUUGUUGAAGAGUUUAUGUUGCUGGCUAAUAUCACAGUGGCUAAGCAUAUUCACGAGGCCUUUCCUAACUGUGCAGUCCUAAGAAGACACCCUUCCCCUCCCCUUUCAAACUACGAUAUACUUAUCAAGGCUGGCAAAUCAAAGGGUGUGGAUAUUGCCGUUGAAACCGCUAAAGCUCUAGCAACUUCGCUUGACAAAGCUACACUUCCUGAAGAGCCUUAUUUCAAUACGAUGCUACGAAUUAUGACCACACGUUGCAUGAUGCAAGCACUCUACUUCUGCUCUGGCACACUACCGGAAGAAGAAUACCACCAUUAUGGCCUGGCUUCUCCGAUCUAUACACAUUUCACCUCCCCUAUUCGUAGGUAUUCAGACCUGUUAGUGCAUCGGCUGCUAGCUACUUCGAUUCACGUCGAUUCCACUUACCCCGAGCUACUUGAGAAGCAUAAAGUACAACAAGUGUGUAGCCAUCUCAACCAUAGACACAAGAAUGCUCAGUAUGCGGCCAGAGCCUCUGUGAAUCUGCACACACACCUAUUUUUCAAGAACAAAACGACUAUCGAAGAAGCUUUCGUACUUUUUGUACGGCACAACGCUCUACACUUGCUCAUUCCAAAGUACGGACUCGAAUCUCCUCUCUUUUUUGACGAUAAGUCUGCUGAUGGGGGAAAGCUAGCAAUGGAAUCAGACGAUUCAGAGCCCUCUCUGACAGUUGAAGGGGUGAAGUUUAGGCUGUUUGAUCGUCUCGUUGUUCGAGUCACCGUGCAAAAAUCAAGUAUUCAACAAUCGAAACUAUGUCUGAGUCUCAUUACACCCAAGAUUCCUGGAUUUAGUUUGGAGGACAAUGAUGCAUCACCACCACCUGCCAAAAAGAGUAAAACUGACUGAAACUAAUUAUUGUAUAUGUAUAAAGUAUAAAUUUAUAGCUAUGUUGUUUGUACACCACUUUUUGUGCGAUUGAAUUUUUAGUCAA